AUGAGGGAAACGAUUAAGUGUUGCAUGUCCUGCAUCCUCCCAUGCGGCGCGCUGGAUGUGAUCAGGAUUGUGCACGCGAACGGGAAGGUGGAGGAGAUCAGCCACGCGGUGAGGGCGGGGGAGAUCAUGCAGGCGUAUCCCAAGCACGUCCUCCGGAAGCCACCGUCGGCCGGAGAUGAAGGCGAAGGACGCAAGGGAGCCGUCAUCGUUCCGCCCACCGCCGAGCUUCGGAAGGGGAAGAUCUACUUCCUGAUGCCGGUGUCCUCUGCAGCCGAGAAGGUGCGGCCGGCGUCGGCAAAGAGGAGGAAGAAGAAGAGGGACAUGCAGAGCCACGGCAGCGCUACGGACAUUGCGAGUCUCCUUCUCUCCGAUCGGUACCUGUCGGAUAUACUCUCGGAGAAGGCUUCGUCGCAGAGGGACCGGCGCAGGGGGCGGGUCGGCGUGUGGCGACCACAUUUGGAGAGCAUCUCCGAGGUCACCAACGACUUCUAG